GAUGGAUUGCAUAGCGCAUGCUCACUACCGGCGGCACGGACAUGGCGAUCGUCAGUGGUGGGAAACCUGCGUUUGUUCUCUGAUUUUACCGUAAUUUUUACCCCUUUAUAGGCGCAAUCAUCGAAAGGAAAUUUAAAUGCAUUAGCACUAGCAAAGAGGCCAUAUCUCCAGGCUCUUCAAGUCACCUGGUACCCAAGACCACACAGGCUGAAUCACACUGGAGCACCUGACAGGUAGCAUACCAUCACAGCAGUCUGCACUACCUCAGUGCUUCACUCGCUUGAGUUUGAGUGCCUGUCAGAAGCCCAUAACAGCUGAGGAUCCUGUAAGCUGUGUCAGAGAUACAACACUAUCAACCCAAACAUUCUUCCUUCCUUGCUGCAACCUAGACAUGCCCCCACGUCGUAAACGGAAACUAUCCUCAGCUGAAGAUGAGACCAAGAUGAAGAAAUCCAGGUCAAGCAACUCUUCCCACCAUCGCCACCAUCACCACCACCACCAGACCUCACUAACCAGUCAAGACAGCGCACAUUCUUCCUUCUCCUCCAAGCGCUGCCAGACAUGGUUCCAAGAAUACACGGGGCAGGAGGACUUGAUCGGCCCAGAGGGCAUGGAGAAGUUCUGUGAGGAUAUCGGAGUGGAACCUGAGAAUAUCGUCAUGCUGGUGCUUGCGUGGAAGCUGGAAGCCGAUCAGAUGGGCUUCUUCACACUACAGGAGUGGAUGCUAGGCAUGACAAGACUACAGGUGGAUAACCCCAGGAAACUACAAAGCAAGAUGGAUUACCUACGCACGCUACUUAACGAUCCACCUACCUUCAAGAAAAUCUACAGAUACGCGUUUGACUUUGCAAGGAACAAAGACGAGCGAAGCUUAGACUUAGAAACUGCCAAGGCGAUGUUAGCUCUUCUCCUUGGCAGACAGUGGGUACUAUUCAAUUCAUUUCAGCAAUUCCUAGAUCACUCCAGGUAUAAGGUAAUCAACAAGGACCAGUGGUGCAAUAUACUGGAGUUUAGCCGAGCCAUCAAACCAGACCUAAGUAACUAUGACGUAGAUGGUGCAUGGCCAGUCAUGCUGGAUGAAUUUGUUGAAUGGAUGAGAGUGAGGCAACAAUAACAAGGUUUGAUUUAUAUAAACCCCGCCCUGCUGUUUAUCAUGCACCUGCCUACACCAAUCCAGCCAAUCAGAUACCAUCCUGAGAUGUAUACAUAUUCAGUAUGCCUUAUAAAUAUUUAUGACUUUGUAUUGGAUGCCUUCAUGUGUGGGAGGACUUUGAGAAAGCAUUAAUGAAAAGCAGUCAUUAUAAUAGGCUCUAGUCUACUUUACGUGACAUGGUUAUUCAGUAUUUCCUAUGAAUAUGUAAGACUGGCUGUUUGAAUGUAAAUCAACUGCUCAGCUGUUCAUACCAAAAUCCUUUACAAAAACAUGUUGCAUAUUUAUAUUUGGAUUAAGUGUGCAUUAAUUGUUAAUGUAAAACCAUUGUCACUUCACGGUGCUUAUAAUUUUGGCCCUCAUAGCUAAAAGUACAAUUUAAUGCUAUGUUUUGAAGAAUUGGCUCAUUUUCAAAUUCUUUUCAAAUUUGAAGCAAAAUUUGGGGUUACAAAUUUGUUACAUCGGAAGGUACUUAAGUUGGCAUAGGGCAUCUUAUAAUAUCUCCUGAUCCGGUUUUAAUAUAGAAAUUAAACAUUUCUGAUUAUAGAGGCUUGUUAUUCCUCAACAAUUUCUUCCUGUUUUGUAUAAUUUGUAAGGAGACUUCAACAGUAAUAAUUAUUAAAGCAACUCUGGUUUUGAACAUCAACUUGA